CUGAGUCGAUCCACCGCAGUGCUUGGCGGAAACACAGAGUGAGGCAGAGAGGGUUAGAGAUGUGAGGGAUGGGUAAGAGGGCUUCAGGGUAAACACACAGAGAAAAGAGGGGGACAGGGGGUGAGGGUGGGAGGAACAGAGGAGGAGCAAAAAGCCAGCAUACACCUCCUCCGUCAGGAGCUUUCUAUUCUACAGACGUGUGAGCACGACUUUAGUGGCAGGAUGAGUUCGUGCAGCAGCCGUGCGUUGACCAUCCUGUCCACAGUGUUUGGGGCCUGUGGUCUUCUGCUGGUGGGGGUCGCUGUGUCCACAGACUACUGGCUGAUCAUGGUGGAGGGCAUCAUCCUGCAGCAGAACCAGAGUAUGGAGGUGAAGAUGGCACUGCACUCAGGGCUGUGGAGAGUCUGCUUCAUGGCUGGAUCGGAGAACGGGAGGUGCGUGGCUUCGGAGUAUUUCACUGAACCUGACGUAGAGAUCACAACUGAAAACACAGCAAAUAUCCUCAAGAUGGUGCGCACCGCCACUCCCUUCCCGAUGGUGUCGCUACUGUUUGUUUUCACAGCCUUCGUCAUCAGUAACAUCGGACACAUCCAGCCUCAGCGCACGAUCCUGGCCUUUGUUUCCGGCAUCUUCUUCAUCCUCUCAGGCCUGAGCCUAGUGGUGGGCUUGGUGCUCUACAUCUCCAGUAUUAAUGACGAGGUGAUGAACCGUCCCAGGGAACCUGAACACUUCUUCAACUACUACUACGGCUGGUCCUUCGCCUUCGCAGCCUCGUCUUUCUUACUGAAAGAGGGGGCUGGGGUGAUGUCUGUCUAUUUGUUCAUGAAGCGUUACGCUGAGGAGGAGAUGUACCGCCCCCACCCUGCUCUCUACCACCCCCGCAUGUCUGACAGCAGCGACUACAGCGGCCAGUUCCUCCACCCAGAAUCCUCUUGGCCUCCACCAAAGCGAGGACGCAGCACGUCAGAGGCGUCCAGUGACAUCUCCAUACAGCUCAACCAGGCGCCCCCCCCCCCCACCAAAAGCAGCCUCCAGACCGGCGCCCGUGGAAGCCCACCCUCCGGGUCCUCAUCUGCAGGAAGUUACCAAAUGCCCACUCAGUCUGCGGGUUACCCCUCCUCUCACACCCUGCCCAGGUCACAUCCCUCCCACCCUCAAGGCCCGCCUCCCCGCAUGCCCCCAUCACCUGUUCCUCCCCCACACUACCAUGCACACGUGCAAAUGAGCGCCUCCCCUUGUUAGAAAGAAGAAGUGCGUUGGAGAGAGCAGACAGAGACUCCUGAGGACAGAAACGAGGAGUUGACAAACGACGAGAAAAAUAUUCUUCAUCACCACCGUGAGGGAGGGAGGGAGGGAGGGAGGGAGGGAGACACUGCAGAGUACUAUGAAAAUACUGCAGUACAGCAGGGAAUGCGAAGGUACUUGAAAAUGCACAAAGUCACAGGGAGAUGACAGAGACUUUUUUACCUGAGUCUUUAACGAUGACUCCAGUCUUAUUUAUUUAUUUCAGAUUAAAGGAGUGUAAUAAUAAAACCACAUGUUAUUUUUAAGACGAGGCCACACUUUAUGUGAAUGCUGUGAAACUGAUGUAUAAAAUCACAAUAACUUUAUUUAACUUCAUGGAGUCGCAGCAACUUCUGUAUACAACUGUCAGUACUGACAGAAUAUCCACAAACUGUCAGUUCCGACAGUACAGUAUUCUGAUGACGCUUUGGCACAGCUCAUACCCAGAAUUGAUGUGUGGGGAAAGUCAAAAAGUUCCUUUUUAUCUACAGAAAUUCCUUUAAUGGUUCUUCAGUUUUGGGAAAAAUGAAAAAGUUAAAACCAGUUAAAACCAGUUAAAAUUCUAAUAAUUUAAACUGGUUUCUGUUCAGAUUUGUUUAAAAAUGUGUCUGUCGCUCUGAUUUCAAUAGAUCAUUCUUCCACUGGGUGGCAGCAGAUGGUUGUGAAAAUAAAAAAAGACACUCAGAGCUGUUGAAGAAGAUCUUUGUGUAUCUUUCUUCAAGUCCUGAGUCUUUAUCAGUCAUUUGUUCAACUAAACCGGGCCCAGUUCUCACACUGACUCAGUAAAUUAAAACCAGAACAUAAAUAUAUUUCAUUACAUAUAUUUCAGUGCUGGUGGUCUCUCUGAUGUUGAACCACUCCAGUAUUCUGUCCUAGAUAUUUUCUAUGCUCAUAGAACAGUUAAACGCCCUCUGCUGGCCAGUAUUCUGCACCCACACAGGACUAACCUUGGGUUACUGCUGGUCUCUUCAAUGAGCGUAUAGGUGCCCCACAUGAGGUAUCUAGAAUAUGGGCCACGUGAAGCUUAGACCACUGAUGGUCAAAGAAGUUAUUCAUAACUACUACAAAAACUACUUAUCUGUUUAUGUUUGUGUCUGUGGGUCAGAAUAUUUGAGUUGAGUGUGUACUGAACAUGUAUGAAAUACUUUAGUUGAUGAUACGCAGAGUACCUGUGGCAGCUGUUAGUAGCUGAACACCCCCUCCCCGCCCUCCUCCGGGACACACUGCAGUAUUUAAUUAUUUCAAGUAUAUGCAUCAAAUAUUUACAUACAUUUAAGAUCAAACUUCUAGAACUGUCUUUUUUAAACUUUCCUUUCUUCCAAAUCUUCCUUUUCUUCAAGUUGGCUCUUCCAUGCAUCAGCUUUCUGUAGCAGUACCUUCAAACGCCACGAGGUAGCAGUGUGCAGCAUGUUGUAAAUGCAUUUAAAUCAAAUUAAAGCUCUUUUGUUUCAGCAGUGUGUUAGCGUUACUGUACAGAGUCACCGUAGUCUGCUCCUUGUCGCCACCUGCUGGGUUUGUUCUCACUGUAGUCUGACUGUCUUCAUUCAUUCAUUGAUUGAUGUGAUGGUCAGUGACGUCACUUGUGUAUGCAGCUGUGCUCGUCCACUCAGCAGUCAGUUAGUUGAAGGGGGUCGAGUGCCUUGCUCAAGGACACCUCAGCUGUAAGAGGAAGAACAGUGUGUUGCACCUUGACCUUCUGGUUUGACCUUCUUCACGUUAUACCUGAUAUUGACCUUUGACCUUUGAGAGUGUUCACACUGGCAUAUUUUAUCAUAUCUCUCCACCUGUUGUUCGACUGUUCUUUAUGUGUUGACAGACUGAUUCAGUCAAUAAUCAUUUGCUGCUUCUUGAACGCCUGUUUUUUUUGUCUGUUUUUCUUGCCCACGGAUGUCACUGUACAGUAACAUGGGGUUUGCACUGCGCCAGUGCCGAUGGUUUGGGCACUGUUUUUAACUGUAUGGACAUCUGAUGUUAACCCUCUCCGUGCUGGUCCACCACCGACUUAUCAUUGAACAGAACAGACCUGAUCAAAAUAAAAUGGUUUUUAA